AUGGAAAAACAAAGGGAAAAGACGAGAAAGAAAUUGACGUCUGAAGGGGUAGACAGAUUAAGGGAUUUACCUGAUGACCUUCUCCACUACAUCCUUUACUUCCUCGACACCAAAUACGCAGUCCUAACCUCUGCGCUUUCCAAGAGAUGGAGAUUCUUCUGGACUUCUGUCCCUGACCUCAACUUUGACAGAGAAUCCUUCGAUAAGUUUACCUCUUUCAAGAAUUUCGUGCUUACUGUCUUGCAACGCCGCCAACGUGAUUCAAAGAUACGCAGCAAAAGAUUCUAUUUAUCUGAAUCAUUCGGUGUCACAGCACUCACCACUUUGCAUCUGGAACACUGCUACUUCUCUGAUGGUAGUGAGAGGACUGGAUGCUUUGAUAUUUCGGCAAUUUGUCCUAAUUUGAUCAACUUUUGUCUCAUCCACUGUGUAUUUGGAAUGUUUGAGGUUUUGAAAAUAUCGGGACCCCAGCUAGUUAACCUGACUCUGGAAUAUGUGUGUGGUAAUAAGCUGGAAAUCUCGGCACCGAAGCUUACAUUUUUCAAGUUUAUACCCUACUAUUCACAUUUGUCCGUAGCUCAUCUCCCUUCCCUAGAACACGCGGACGUGGAUAUUUAUAGGCCAUAUGCAUACCCAAGGAAGAUAGAGAUCUUGUUCAACGAUCCGGAUGUGUUUGAGCAUCAACCUUCUCCCUUUAGUAGAUUGAAGUCUUUGAAGUUGAAAGUGGAUCAUGAAGAUGAACCCUUGAUAAUGCCUGCAAAGGUGAUGCCGGCUCACUUUUUCAGUGGCUCUCCCUGCUGCACAACUGUGUGUACGGUGUUCCUAAGGUACGUAGAGGCUAAUUCUUGA